CAAAUAUGGCACGAAAUGAAGAGAAAGCACAGUCUAUGUUGAACAGAUAUUUACGUGGUAAAGCAGAAGAAAGAGGCGAAUAUUUUCCGGGACAAGAACGACCGUAUUUGGCUAGUAUGUGUGAUCGUCUUGACGCUGCAGAACAGUGGAGAAAUCAAGUUCUCCGAGAGAUUAGUAGAAGAGUGGUUGAAAUUCAAAAUAAGGGUUUAGGUGAAAGUAGGAUAAGAGACGUCAACGACCAAAUUAAUAAGCUAUUGAGAGAAAAGUAUCAUUGGGAGAGGAGAAUAAGAGAAUUGGGUGGACCCGACUAUUCACGUUCUGCACUAACUGUCGGAGAAGGUGAAGCCAUCCAAAUUCGAGGUAGCAAAGGUUAUUAUUAUUUUGGUGCUGCUAGAGAACUUCCUGGCGUAAAGGAGUUGUUGAAAGAGUCCUAUUCGAGAGAAGAAAAGAAACGUAGUAGAGCGGAGCUGUAUAAAUGUGUAGAUGCUGAGUAUUAUGGCUUUUUGGACGAUAAUGAUCCCAAUUUAGAGCAGUUAGAAUAUGAGGCGGAACUCGAAGCUCGAAAAGCGUUGGUAGAAAAGUGGGAGACAGACCACAUGGUCCCUUCGAAUUCGACAAAGAGAGCUCAAGUCGACUUGGAAGAACUUAGUGAUGAAGAUGAACCAGAGGAAUCAAGUAUUUUGUUGAAAGAUGAAAACGCAUUUCGUAAAGUUAAGCCAGGACAUGAGUCACAAGUUGAACAGUUAGUUCUGGAUAGAAAGAAGCGUCAGUUGCUUGAACAAGUUUUAAAUGAUGAGGAAGGAGAAUGAAAGUGCUUUUUCCAUAAUACACUAAAGACUCCUUAAAAGACAUUCUCUUAAAUCCAUUUUUGGUAAUAGGAUUGGCGAAACAAUGAGUUAAAAAAAUGCUAGGAACAAAUAGUUUGGCGCCUUGUUAGUUGAAUACUUUGGUUCUUAUUAUGAGUAAAGAAAAACUCCAUAUAGCUCGAUUUGAGAAGCAUACAACAGCACAAAUACUUCAUCUGUUAAAGGAACCUUCUAUGGGUUUAUACUACACAACAGAGCACUUGAGAAAGCGAGGAAUUCCUCAGUUGAUUUAUCUACAAAACAAACUAGACGCAGUGGCGAGCCAAGAGGACGAUCUUAAGAUAGACUGUCAGUAUGUACAGGAAGUAUUAGAACUGUUUCCUAAAGCUGUAGGAAAGUUGGAUUCGAGUAUACGAAAGCUGGAGGGUAUACUUGAGCAGUCUAAGCAAUUGAACAAGUGAUGCAAAAGUUUUUAUAAGACCUUUAUAAAGAAACAAGCUUUUCGUUCUCAAUAGACGCAGCCUUUUGAGAUAGUCCAGGUUGGACAGUACAUAUAUUGUUUGGGCAGCACGAGUUGAAAAAAUUUACUAUGGGUCAGUAGCAAUCUCUUGC